AUGGACGCUGCAGAUGUACUUGUGUGCGCAGGUCCAUGGACACCUAUGAUCCUGCCGGCGGUGUCAUUGUUGACGCCUUGCGGACAUAGCGUUAUUUUCAAGCCAUCACGGCCCCUUUCGCCGUACAUACUCUUCCCGAACAUCCAACCAGCACCAAACAGCUCCAUUGACAAUUUACUAUCACCGGAUAUCUAUCCACGCCCAGCUGACGAUCUCCAUGGAUUCGACACUGUAUAUGCCAGCGGACCGGAUGACUACGAGACUGAUCUUCCUCUGGAUGCUGAUGAAGUUAAGGUGGUCGAGAAGAAAUGUGUGGACGUCCUUACAGCUAUUGGAAGCGUAUCGCAAGAAAUUCAUGAUGGUGAUAUCGUUGCGAAGCAAGCAUGCUACAAGCCACAAAUUCGGAAACACGAGGAGACCGAGGAAGUAGGACCGAUGGUAGGGCCGGUAGGAACAAAAGGAUUGUGGCUGGCGACAGCGCACGAUGAGUGGAGUAUCCAAAAUGCGCCCGGUACUGGCCUUGUCUCGAGUGAGAUGAUCUUCGAGGGCAAAGCUCGUAGUGCCGAUUGCAGUAGUUUGGAUCCCAAGCAUUUCUUGAGGAUACCUGCAGCGCUUUAUGCGGAAAAAAGUGAGAGAGGGAUAGUACUAUGA